AUGGCAGAAACAAGAGAAAAACGUUGCGCUGGCCAACACUUUCUUCAUAUUAUUAGUACCAACGAUGCUAUUAGAUUAUAUGAUAUUAUCGUCGAAAAGGAUAAUCAUAUUAAAUUUAUUAUUUCUGAACACAUUAAGCCAAGAUUAUCAAAACAACAAAUUGAAAUUAUGACUGGUACCAAACCACAUGACGGUCCGUACUUUGCUGAAUGGUUAUCCUGCUUUGGUAGUGAAACAGAUAUCUUAUCACCAUAUCGUCAACCUUUAUCUAUCUCUCGCAACACCACAACCUACACUGACUUCCAACGCCAAAUUAAUAAAACAUGCAAAAAAUUUGAGACAUGUAACAUCGCUUUUAUGAAGUACCACGUGGCUCUUCGAUCAAAGGAAGAAGAUCUUCCAGUAUUGUCGACAGGACGAGGAUCAAUGCAAGCCUCACAUUUAUGUGAUUCAAUGCAUUGUAUACUCAAAGAACACAUCGUCGUGGAGUCAAAUGAAGUUAAUCAAAGUCGAAAAGAUUGUAGAGGAAUUACACUAUCAAUAAUUCCAGCAACAACAACAUCACCAUCACAUAUUGACAUAGCUACACCAUGUCGACACGGCGUAAAUUAUAAG